AUGAGUGGUACGCUGUUCUAUGAUGAGCUUAUAAAAACUUGUAAAACAAUACUAGUUCAUGUUCAAUCGACUCUGAACAAGGUGAAAGAAUCUAUCAAAGAGAAUGAUGGUGAACCAGAAUUAAAUGCAAGCUCAUCGCUUGUAACUGUUUGCAAUCCCGACGAGUUCGAUUUAUUCUCGCCAUCCGAGAAGGUCAAUGUAUUAUUUACAGAGGCUGCCCAAGAUGUACAAAAACUCGUUAGCCAAUUGCGGCACGAGUUUAAUUACGACCAAGUUACAUACAAUUAUUUCUUAGAUUUUCUCUAUGAGUUUCAUUUUGUUGACGAUCGAUUCGUUGAACCAUUUAGCGUAGAUAUUCUUUCGAUAUUUGAACAAAAAUUACCAGUUUUUAUUCAAUCCAUCGAAGCUUUCAACGGAGCAGAAAAAGGAGACAUCACUAUGGUUAAGACAUUUCUUACGGAAGAUCCAUUCUCUAAAGAUCGACCUUUAUUACAUGGAUAUACAUUACUAUAUGUGGCAACGGCGAACAAUCAUCUAGACGUGAUUAAAUAUUUAAUUGAAGAAGCUAAAUGUUCAGUGAAUGCUCAAAAUCAAAACGAUAAAUGUACAGAUGUUGAUACAGCUUUGCAUGCGGCGUGUAUCAAAGGACAUGCAGACAUAGUUCGUUACCUUCUUAGUCAAGGUGCAAACUGCUACAUAGAAAAUAAAAAUAAGGAAACACCCACCAUGAUUGCCAACAAUUAUGCUGACUUGCACAAAAUCUUCAGCGAUCAUCUUGUUCUUGAUUACACGGGAAAAUGCGCUAAGAGAAUUGAUUUACCAACAAUGACAAUCCAGAAUAAGUUAUUAUCAAUUAAUUACGAUUUAAAAUCUUUGCAGCCGGUCUGCGUUUGGGAAUUUAAACUAUUACAUGAACAAAAUUGGCAGUACUUUGAUGAAAACGAAUCUGGACAAUUGAAUACCAGUUUACGUGAUAAAUCUGAUACAAACAUCAAUGUGAGUCGUCACGACGGAGCAUAUUCUGUGUCAAUGAUGAAAUUUCUCGUGGAAGACGGCACAGACCAGAAUGUCAAAUGGAUUCGUUGUCGUGGAUCAAAUCUAUACAAUUUCGAUGUUCAAUGUCUCUGGCAAAUGAUGCUUAUUUCGCAUCCCUCUGUGUCUAAAGAAUCGCACAAAGAAGCAAAAACGAAACCUGUCGAUAUACCAGCAUUAUUCGAUUCGAAUCAAUUGCGAUACCGUCUUAAUUCCUGGUACAACGCAGAUGACAUCACUGGCAACUUAUUCGACGAUGCGAUCGAUCAACGUGUUCGAUACUGUAUUAUCAAUACGCGUCUGUUUGGAAAAAUUCAUGUAAAUUUGGAAUUGUUUUCUUUCAACGAUGAGACGAAAACGAUUCAGGGGUAUAUUCGAUGGAUACCAAAGUUUGUUAAUGUUGACUCGAGAACAAAACGUAUCAAACCAAUUGAUAAUUUUCAAACAACUACUUUUCAAAAUGACCCUCCGAUACCUUUACGAAACAAACUCCUUCGCGAGCUUUCAUCGACUCUUACUACAAGUAAUGAUUUGAGUGACAUUACUGAGUAUAAUGUUGCAGCAGACGACCUGAUGGCUGACGUUCCAGAUCGUUUCAUUGACAAUGCUACAGAAGAUAAAGAGGAAGAGAUUGAAAGCACACAAAUGUCAGUUGUAGUGCCUACCACGGACGUGGAACUGAAUGCUAAUAGUGACGACGAAACAAGUCACGACGUUAGUGAAACAACUGAUUCAUCACUAGUGGAAAAUCUUCAGAAUAAUAUUCGAGAAACGCGCCAGAAUUUGGAUCGUGAGCUUGCUCGGAUAAAGCAAUAUGAUCAAAUCGUUGAACGCGAACGUACUUUAUUAAAAGAUCUGGAAAAUCAAACAGCGUUGCCGAGAACUGGAACAAAAUCUUAA